AACACGCCUCUCUUCCCUACGCCAUCUUGUCUUCUAUAUAUAUAUAUACACAAAUACAUUAUCUCUAUAUGCAGAGUCUUCUCCAUUAAGCUCGAAUAAAUUCCUGAUUCAUGAUGUCGAGUUUCUGUUCACAGUCGGCAAACGACGGCCACAACUCUUUCACCUGCGCCGGCGAGUCAUCGCCGGCAGCCGUGUCUGUCGGCGGAGGCGUAGGAGGAGGAGGAGAGAUCAUGCUGUUUGGCGUGAGGGUGAAGGUAGACCCUAUGAGGAAAAGCGUGAGUUUGAACAAUCUGUCUCAGUAUGAGCAGCCUAAUUCUAAUGAUAAUAAUAAUAAUAAUAGCAACAGCGGAAAUAACAAUGACGCUUCUAAAGUUGCCGCCGACGAGGGUUAUGCCUCUGCCGACGACGCUGUUCCUCACCACUCCGGUAGUGGCCGUGAGCGUAAGCGAGGAGUUCCAUGGACGGAGGAAGAGCACAAGCUAUUCCUUUUGGGAUUGCAGAAAGUGGGAAAAGGAGACUGGAGAGGAAUCUCUAGAAACUUCGUAAAAACUCGCACACCGACACAGGUUGCAAGUCAUGCUCAGAAAUAUUUCCUCCGGCGAACUAACCUCAAUCGCCGGCGCCGCCGUUCUAGCCUCUUCGAUAUCACCACUGACUCGGUAUCUGUACUAGCAACAGAAGAAACGAAAAAUCUGCAACGACACUCCAUUCCAUCAUUGCCUUGUAUAGAAACAUCAAAAAUGAAUGCAUUUCAGGUGACAUCUGUGCCAGUAAAUUUUGGGCCAGAGAACCCAAUAGAAAGUCCAAUCCUUAGACAAGGAAAUCAAAGUUAUUAUAAUGGAUCAUCAUCAAUAUUCCUCCGGCCGGCUCCUGUUGUUGUUUCGUUGCCUAAUUCAUCAAAAACAGCUGACUUUAACUUGAAUCAAAGCUCAGCAAUGGAGACAUCUUCGUUAUCGUUGACAUUGUCGUUAUCACCAUCAUCAUCAUCUACUAGACACUCAGGAUUCCAAGUGAUGUCAAAUUUUAAAAAUGGAGAGAGCAUCAUCAGUGUGGCAUGACACACAAGAAUCUCUAUUAUUAAAUAACUAAAAGCUAGAAGAAGAAAAAAAAACAUAGAAAAGGCAAAUGGGAGUUCUAUAAUGGAGUUAUAUUAUUAGUGGAGUAAUAUGUAUGGUCCUUUUGUUUUGUACAGACCAGAAAUAUGUCAUUAUCAUGCCUGUUUUAUGCCUUAAAGUGACUUCUUUAUUUGUUUUGUAGUUGGAAGAUAAAAAUUAACAAUGAAUAAUAUUGGACUUUGUGCUUGUUUUUUGUUGCUAA